UCAAUGGAGUUCGCUGUUUACGUUCUUAAAAACUCGAAAAAUCGCUAGAAAAAUGGCUCAUAAUUACAUUGUAACAGCACAAAAAGCGACGGCAGUGAGUGCUUGCGUAACAGGAAAUUUCACAUCGCCAACCGAUAUUAACUUGCUUGUGGCGAAGAAUACACGCAUCGAGAUCUAUGUCGUGACGGCGGAAGGCUUGCGGCCCCUCAAAGAAGUCGGAAUCUAUGGGCGAGUUACUGUUAUGAAAAUGUUUCGUCCUCCGGACGCUACAAAAGAUCAAGUUUUCAUAUUAACAUCGCGGUAUAAUGUGAUGAUUCUGGAAUGCAAAGUAGUGGAUGACGAUAUCGAAAUAAUUACAAAGGCACAUGGAAAUGUGGCGGAUCGCAUUGGAAAGCCCGCGGAAACGGGCAUGUUAGCGGUAAUUGAUCCAAAAGCGCGUGUAAUUGGGAUGCGGUUGUACGAGGGGCUCUUCAAAAUUAUCCCGCUGGACAAGGAUACGGUCGAAUUGAAAGCCACAAGUAUCCGUAUGGACGAGCAAUCGGUGCAAGAUAUCGAAUUUUUGCAUGGAUGUGCAACGCCGACCCUCAUUCUCAUUCAUCAGGACUUGCAUGGGCGUCACAUCAAGACACACGAGAUAAAUUUGCGCGAAAAGGAGUUUGUGAAGCUCGCAUGGAAGCAAGAUAACGUCGAAAUGGAUGCCUCGAUGUUGAUUCCCGUACCGUCGCCCUUGGGAGGCGCCAUCGUUAUUGGUCAGGAAUCAAUUGUCUAUCACGAUGGCAUUACAUAUGUCGCCGUUGCACCCCCAAUUAUCAAACAAUCUGUCAUGAAUUGCUAUGCGCGUGUCGAUUCAAAGGGAUUGCGGUACUUAUUGGGCAACAUGUCGGGAAAUUUAUUCAUGCUGUUCCUGGAAUGCGAAGAAAAGCCGGGAACGGGCCAAAUGUUCGUCAAAGACAUCAAAGUUGAACUUUUGGGAGAGAUUUCCAUCCCCGAAUGCAUCACGUAUCUCGAUAACGGCGUUCUUUUCAUCGGAUCUCGUCACGGAGACUCGCAACUGAUAAAACUCAACACGACAGCCGACGAAUCGGGCAAUUAUGUCUCCGUUAUGGAAACUUUUACAAAUCUCGGACCCAUUCUCGACAUGUGUGUCGUUGAUUUGGAGCGUCAAGGACAGGGACAGAUGAUUACUUGUUCAGGCAGCUUCAAAGAUGGCUCCUUGCGAAUCAUUCGCAACGGAAUUGGCAUACAGGAACAAGCUUGUAUCGAUUUGCCGGGCAUCAAAGGCAUGUGGGCUUUAAAAGUCGGCAUCGACGAUAAAAAUUUCGACAACACACUCGUACUUGCCUUCGUAGGGCACACGAGAAUUUUGACACUGGCGGGCGAAGAAGUCGAAGAAACGGAAAUUCCCGGAUUUUUGAGUGACCAACAAACUUUUUAUUGCGCGAACGUUGAAGGAAAUCAAAUUUUGCAAGUAACGCCAAUUAGCGCACGUCUCAUUUCGUGCGAAAGUAAGGAAAUGGUCAGUGAAUGGAAACCUCCAGGUGAUAAACGGAUCAGUUUGGUAGCUUCAAAUGUGACACAGAUCGUUUGUGCGUCAGCGGGUGAAAUUUACUACAUUGAAAUCACGCCGGGAGCCCUCACACAAAAGAGUACAACGACAUUGGAGUACGAAGUGGCAUGUUUGGACAUUUCACCGCUCGAAGAUAAUGCAACGCGCUCCGAUUUGAUCGCCGUUGGGCUUUGGACAGACAUUUCCGUGCGAAUUCUCAAGUUACCCGACUUGAAAGAGAUUUGCAAGGAGAAAAUUGGCGGUGAAAUUAUCCCACGUUCAAUCUUGAUGGCAAAUUUCGAGGGAAUUAAUUAUUUAUUGUGCGCUUUGGGUGACGGUGCGAUGUAUUAUUUCACACUAAACAAGGAAUCUGGUGUACUUUUGGAUCAAAAGAAAGUAACUUUGGGCACACAACCGAUAAUUUUGCGCACUUUUCGAUCACUUUCGACAAAUAACGUCUUUGCGUGCUCCGAUCGCCCAACCGUCAUUUACUCCUCGAACCACAAACUCGUCUUUUCGAAUGUCAACUUGAAGGAAGUCAAUCACAUGUGUUCACUAAAUGCCGAAGCAUACCCCGAUAGCUUAGCCUUAGCCACCAAAAAUUCCGUCAUUUUGGGCACCAUUGACGAAAUCCAGAAAUUACACAUCCGCACAGUGCCCUUGGGCGAAACGGCAACUCGCAUCACAUACCAAGAGGCGACACAAACAUUUGGCGUUGUGACAGUUCGCAUGGAUUUCCAAGACUCUACAGGACUUGUACCAGCGAGACAGAGUGCUUCAACCCAAGGUCAGAGCAUAUCGUAUGCUUCGAGUGUUUUGCCGAAACCCGGAGCCGGCGGAAGUGGCAUCAAUGUCGAAUACGGACAGGAAAUUGAGAUGCAUAAUUUGCUGAUUAUCGAUCAAAAUACCUUUGAAGUAUUGCAUGCACAUCAAUUUAUGCAAACGGAAUACGUUUUAUCGCUUGUUUCGGCGAAAUUGGGCGACGAUCCGAACACAUAUUAUCUCGUAGGCACGGGAUUCGUUCAUCCGGAGGAGCCUGAACCGAAAGUAGGUCGCAUUAUAAUUUAUCAGUAUGCCGAUGGAAAGUUGAAACCAGUAGCGGAGAAGGAAGUUAAAGGUGCCUGUUACUCCUUGGUUGAGUUUAAUGGAAAAGUUUUGGCAAGCAUCAACACUACAGUGCGUCUCUAUGAAUGGACUAACGAAAAAGACUUGCGAUUGGAGUGCAGUCACUUUAAUAAUGUGUUCGCUCUUUACAUUAAAACCAAGGGAGACUUUAUUUUGGUUGGAGAUUUGAUGCGAUCAAUCACGUUGCUGCAGUACAAACAGAUGGAAGGAAGUUUCGAGGAAAUUUCACGCGACUACGAGCCAAAUUGGAUGACAGCUGUUGAGAUUAUUGACGAUGACAACUUUUUGGGCGCCGAAAAUAGCAACAAUUUAUUCAUUUGCCAGAAAGACAGUGCCGCUACAACAGACGAAGAACGACAACAAAUGCCUGAAGUUGCUCUUUUCCACUUGGGUGACAUGGUAAAUGUGUUCCGUCAUGGAAGUUUAGUUAUGCAAAAUAUUGGUGAACGCACUACCCAAACAUCGGGCUGUAUAUUAUUCGGAACAAUUAGUGGCUGCAUCGGUUUAAUUACACAACUACCGCCAGAUUUUUACGAAUUUCUCCGUCAAUUGGAGGAGAGACUGGCAAAAACAAUCAAAUCUGUGGGAAAAAUCGAACAUUCGUUCUGGCGGAGUUUCCACACAGAUGUCAAGACAGAGCCGUGCGAUAACUUCUUGGAUGGCGAUUUAAUUGAGCAGCUACUUGAUCUGGACAGAGAGAAAAUGAGAGAAGUUGUUAAAGACUUACAAAUUCCGACAGAAAAUGGACAAAAACGAGACUGCACGGUAGAAGAUGUCAUAAAACUAGUUGAGGAUUUGACUAGAAUCCACUAAAUUAAUUUCUUAUUUUUGAAAAAGAUGAAUGAAAAUGUAAUUAAAAGCCCGAUGAACUCACAAUGCCCUUUAAAAAGAAAACAAAUUGAUUGUUUCUGCGAAUUUUUUUCUUCUUUUUGUCUAUUAAUAAAUAUUUCGAAAAUAUUUUUAGUACCCUAGCAUAAAAAAAUAUGUUGAAAAGCAUCAAUAAAAUUAUGAUUAA